AUGCAAAGUUUAGGAGAGGAACUUUGCGAGGAUGGCAUGGGAGACCCAAUUCAAACCCUUCAAGAUUAUGUUAAAAGGUCGCACCAAGGUGGAGGAAAAAAGAGGCUAGAAGCCCAACAUAAGAAGGGAAAACUUUCAGCUCGGGAACGUUUGAAGGCGCUUUUUGAUCCUGGCACUUUUGAAGAGUGGGACGCCUUCGUCACGCACCGUUGUUCAGAUUUCGGUUUAGAGAAAGAACACCCAUUGGGAGAUGGCGUCAUCACAGGAUGUGCUCAAAUUAAUGGUCAGCUGUGUUUUGCCUUUUCACAGGAUUUUACAGUUUUUGGUGGUUCUUUAGGUGAAAUUCACGCAAAGAAAAUCUGCAAAAUUAUGGAUCAGGCUUUACAUGUUGGAGCCCCUGUUAUUGGGCUCAAUGAUUCUGGGGGCGCCAGAAUUCAAGAAGGGAUUGAUGCUCUUGCAGGAUAUGCAGAAGUUUUUCAGCGCAAU